AUGGACAUUUUAUCGUCCAAAAAUGGCACAAUCCCCAAAGUGAGACCCCAGCACUCUCGACCAUCUUCGGGCCGCACAAAACACCAAAAUCCCUCUUCUCGAUCGCAACACUGCCUCACUCCGACAGGCCACUCGACGUCCAGCAUCAGCUUGGCCGAAGCGGCUGUGGCCAUGAAGCGACAGGGCGCAACCUACCCGCAGAAAUGGUUUGCUGCCAGCCAGUGCCUCUCGGUGACUCGGAGACAUCGUCUACGCCAAUGGUUAGGCCUACGGCACCAGUUGGCCGCUGUCUCGGAGCUGUCGCCCUGGUUCACUGCGUAA